GACAAAAACGAAAUUUAAAAUCACCGUUAGUUAGUCAUGUUAAACUAUUAUACCGGGCAGUAUGAUUGUUUUUUGUAGUUCUAUAUAUGCGUAUCAUUUUUUAAAAAAGAAAAACUAUGGCUUUCUAUAUGUCUUAAGUGUAUUGACAGCAAUAGACGCUGGCAUUCAGUUUACUAAUAAUGAUCCUAAUCGAAAAAUUCAAGUUGAAAAUAAUAAAAAUGCUGUUUUUGAAUGGCAAUUCAAUAUGUCAGAUGAAAGCAAGCUCAUUACAUUUGGGUUUGAAAGUAAGGAAAACUCCAAAGAGGUUUAUAUAGCUCGAAAACAAAAAAACACUCCUCUUGAAUACAAUGAACAAUUAACUAAGCGCUAUGGCAGUUCAAAUGUUGUAAUUUCAACAGAUGAAUUAACUUUUGCAGUAUUGACUCUUAGAUCAGUUCAACUUAAAGUUGAUGAUGGAGUAAAGUUUUUUUGCCAAAUACGAACUAGUUCUAUGUUUGUUGCAAAAUCUACAAUUGUUUUGGAGGUUAUAACUCUUCCGGUUUUUAUUACCAAAUUGCAACCAGUAUAUACUUUUAAUGAGCAUGACAAAUUUUUACUUUCUUGUGGUGCAGAAGCUAAACCUGCAGCAAACCUAACAUUAUUAAAAGACGGGAUGACUCUUUCUAAUGCACUUGAUAAAAUUGAGUUUGAAGUGUUAUCAGCUAAGAAAGAGCAUGCAGGUGCUUACAUUUGCUUAGCUACUAAUGAUGCUGGCAGUAUAAACUGCACAUCUCAAAUCAUCAUUCAAUAUGAACCUAAAAUAAACAGAGAGAAAUCAACAAUAAGAAUUGGUUCUUAUAUAAAUAAUCCAAAACCAACAACAUUACUUUGUAUAGCUGAUGGUUUUCCAGAACCAACAUACAGAUGGAAUAAUCCUUUGGGUCAUCAAAAUGCCGUUACCUCCACCUAUACCUUUCAAAUGCCAACUUCCAGCCAUUUUGGAGACUAUGUAUGUCAGGCAUAUAACAUUGUUGGUGUUGACACUCUUAUCAUAAAUGUAUUUGAAAUAAGUAAACCUGAUACUGUUGAAGUUUCCAUCAAAUAUGUUACAGCUCAAUCUGCCAUGAUAUCUUAUGUAAUUCCUACAAAUCUUGGCAACGGUGUCCUAAAAAAACUGUGUUUAUCAUAUUGGUAUAGUGGUUCCAACCCCAUAAAUAUUGCAUUAAAUUCAUCUCUCACUAUGUAUGAAAUAAACAACUUGGUUCCUUACACUGAAUAUACUGUUAAUAUAACAGUUCAAAAUGAGUUUUUUACUUCAGAUGACCAAAUACAAAAAUUUAAAACAUCUGCAGCAGCUCCUAGUUCUCCUGCAAACAUUAAAGCCACUGCACUUUCUUCAACCCAUAUAAUGGUUCAAUGGGACCCACCAAAGCAUCCAAAUGGUGUUAUAACAAACUACUCAGUGAAGUUUUUUGAACAAAAUUCUCUAAGUUUUGAUGAAGCCAAGUUGUUGCCUCAGGAGUUAAACUUAAAAGCAGAUUUUGAAAAUUUGAAACCUAACACUCCUUAUUUAAUUUUUGUGCAAGCAUCAAAUGCUGCUGGAAGUGGAGAGUGGUCCAAAGAGAUUAUAGAAUCUACUGAACCCCUUGCUCCUGGUGAACCUCUUAGUGUUAAAGUUGAAGUUCUGGAUUCUCAAAAUGUGAAAAUAAUUUGGUUUCCCCCUGAAAUGACUGAAGAAUCAACUAUGUAUGAGUUUAAAUGGAGCUAUUACUCCAAAGAAACACAUAAAACAUAUGAAGAAUCUCUUCAGGUCAAACCUGGUGAAACAGAAAAUCGGGUUUAUCUAUUAACAAAGAUGCUGCCAUAUUCAGACUAUUCAAUAUCUGUACGUGAAGCUGUUGGAAAUAAUAUUUGGGGAAAUUUCUCUGAUCCAGUUAACUUUACUUUACCAGAAGGAGUUCCUGAUAUCCCAAUGAAGCUAACAAUGCUAAAAACAACUCAUGAUGAAUCUUUGUUAAUGUGGCUUCGUCCUAAUAGAAUUAAUGGAGUCUUACGCAAGUUUGCUGUUGAUUAUGAAAAUGAAAGUGGAAUUUAUUCAGACACAAUUGCUGUCAACAAUCAAAACAAUGAAACGUUCUAUCACACAAUUUUAAAUUUAAAGGAUAGUGCUGAGUAUACAGUUUCUGUGAAAGCUUUUUCUAGUAAAUUUUAUUCAACUCCUUCCAAUGCAAUUAGAUUUAAAACCUUGCCAGGUACUUCUAUAGAAAUUUCUGCUCAGACAGCCACAAGUUCAAAUACUGGACAGAUUUAUGGAGGUGUUUUUUCUGUGGUAGCAUUAAUUAUGUUGUCAGCUGUAAUUUAUAUAUUCUCAAUCAGAAAGAGGCGAUUGAAAAGAAAAUGUUCAGAAACUUCUCAAUCAAUUUUGAAACUCUCUAAUAUUGAUUGCUUACCAGUUAAUGAUUUAGAGUCAAUGCAGCAUUCAAGCUCUAUCAAUAGUUUUAUACCAAGUGAAUAUGCUCAAAGUCUCCAGCGAACAUUUGCACCAUUAAAACCAAUAUCAGUCUCUGCACUCAAAGAUUAUGUCUUGAAGCAACAUGCAAAUAGAGAUAAAGGUUUUAUUGAUGAAUUUCGGUCUAUUAAACCGGAAGGAGAUUUUACAUUUGAAAUUAGCAUGCGUCCUGAAAAUAAGUGUAAAAAUAGAUAUGCAAAUAUUCUUGCAUAUGAUCAUUCUCGGGUGGUUCUUAAUACAGUUGAAAAUUUGGAAGGUUCUGACUAUGUCAACGCUAAUUAUAUUGAUGGUUACACUCGUAAAUCAAAGUUCAUUGCAACACAAGGUCCAGUCCAAGCAGCAUUUAAAGAUUUUUGGAGAAUGGUUUGGGAGCAAAACACCGAAACAAUCGUCAUGAUUACGAAUUUUGUUGAAAAAAGCAGAAUAAAGUGCCAAAAGUAUUGGCCUAACAUCAAUGAUAAGUUUGAAAUUUAUGGAGACAUUAAUGUUGAGAUUGUAGAUGAAACUGAAUUAGCAGAUUACAUAGUCAGGAGAUUCAAAGUUUAUCAUAUAAAAUUUGAUCGUCAAAAGACUCGUUUAGUCAUGCACUACCAAUUUUUGAGUUGGCCUGACCAUGGGGUACCACAAUUUGGUACUCCACUUUUACAGUUCGUUAAACGUGUAAGAUCUGUGUCUGACCAAAAUUCUGGACCAAUUGUUUUACAUUGUUCAGCGGGUGUUGGUAGAACCGGAACUUACAUAGCCAUUGAUAAUAUGUUGGAUCAAAUUGCUCUUGAAAAAACUGUUGAUAUUUUUGGAUGUGUAACACAUAUUCGAACACAGAGAAGCUUAAUGGUUCAAACAGAGGGUCAGUACAUCUUUAUAUAUAAAACGCUGUUAGAAGCAGUAUCUUGUGGAAACACAGAAGUAACUGCAGAUGAGUUGCAAGCUAGAAUUAAACAUUUAGAUAAUCUUAAUCCAGGGUCUGCGAAAACAUAUUUGCAAGAGGAAUUUGAUCGUCUAGAUUUAAAUCUUGAAAUAAAUAGCUCAUAUGAAUCUGCAAUUUUGCCAGCUAACAUAGAGAAAAAUAGAUUUAAUGAUGUACUUCCUUAUGAAUCUACUCGUGUAAAACUCUGGCCUUUUCCUGAAGUUGAAGGUUCAGAUUAUAUUAAUGCAAGCUUUAUUGAUGGUUACCAACAGCGUGAAGCUUAUAUUUUAACACAAGCACCGUUGGAAACAUCUAUUCAUGAUUUCUGGAGGAUGGUCUGGGAGUAUGAGGUUUUUUCACUUGUCAUGAUUUCAAGUGUAAAAGAGAGAGACAAGCACCAUUGCUAUCCAUACUGGCCAAUCAAAAAUGAAGCAGCUGUUUUUGAUCUGUUAAGAGUUCAAAUUGCUGCAGAAGAAGAAAAAACUGGUUUUGUAAAAAGAGAGUUCAUUGUGACUAACUCAAAGAAUGGGGAAUCUCGGACUGUUUCACAUUUAAUGUUUUUUGAUUGGCCUGAAGAUGAAGCACCAAAUAUUGCUAAUAUUCUAGAGAUGAUUGGUCAGCUACAGAACAUCCAGCAGAAAACUGGCAAUGGGUCUAUUAUCAUACAUUGCAGUGAUGGGUCAGGACGCAGUGGAACUUUGGCUGCUCUUAUGUAUUGUUUAGAGCGGAUAAAACAUGAAGCUAUGGUGGAUGUAUUCCAGACUAUCCGUUCAAUGAGAACUCAGCGCAUAGCAAUUGUUAACACUCUUGCUCUAUACCAGUUCAUCUAUGCUGCUGUUCGAAGCUUUCUGGAUUGCUUUAGUGCAUAUUCAAAUUUCAAAUGAAUUCAAAAAUUAUGUUUUGAAUUUUUUCUUUUAACUUUAUUUUAUAUUUAUAAUUUAUACAUUUUUUUAUAUUUUAACAUUUUUUCUGCUUAUAUAUAUAUUGUUAAACUAAAUAUGGUAAUUUGAUUGUUUAUAAGAUAAAGGAAAUAGGGAUUUAGUUUUUCAUUUGUCAUAUUUUUAUUAUAAAUAUAUAUAUUUUUGCUGUUAUUUUUAAAUUGAUAUUUAUUUGUAAAGUUUUUUAAAGACUGCAUUUUU